CAAUUCUGUGACUGAUUCCGUGAUUCCUUCCCUGGCGUGCGCCCGUUCCAACCCCCUCGCGCGCGCGCGCACCUCCCGCCGCCGUCCCGUGCCGUCCCCGCCCGCACCGGAGCCGUUCCCCCGCGCAUGCGCCCCGCGCCGCCGUGCCGACUGUUCAAACGGAAGGCGGACAUGUUGGUGCCUCUCGCAGGUUUCCUCGCAGCCGCCGGACCUCACGCUCUGCCCUCCCCUUAAGCCGCCUCCUUUCCUCCUCCCCUCGCACGCCGCAAGCCUCGGGUCGGUCCUGCAGCAGUCCAAGCUGCCCUCCCGUGCGUGAGGCGGAGCGGGGAGCGGAGCCGGCGUUGGCAGCAGCGGGAGGCAGCGAGGAGGAGGAGGAGGAGAGAGGAAGAAAGAUGCUGCUGCCGCCGCUCCGCCGGUGAGGUGACUCGUCCGCCAUCCGCGGGGGCACUCGCCUUGUGCCUUCCUCGUUUCCUCGCCCCGUGCCCACGGACGGACCGACCCCACGGCGCUGAGACACGCCGCCGAGAGGAUUCUCUUAAGUUUGAUUUUUUUUUUUCAUCCGCUCUGCCUUGUUGGUGUGGUGUGCCUGCAGGAUUUUAGGAUUUUGCCUUUUUUCUUUUCUUUCUUUUUUUUUUUUUUUUCCUUUUCUGUUGUUUCUUCUGGUUCACCGGAAAGAAAGCCACGCUCCGGAACCUGGCACCGACCCGCCGGCGCUGCAGCAGCAGGGCGAGGAGGAGGGACCGCUACGCUGGAUCCCAGGGCGGCUUCCCCGGCUGGGAAAAUGGGAAUGCUGAGACGGUGGGGCCCGAGCAGAGGAGGGAGGGAGAGGAAACCUGCUGCUGCGGAGCUGUGAGCAUCCCGGGAAGCUGCGUGCGUGCCUGGAGAAGCGGGGGGAGAAGCAGCCUCGUCUCCCCCGCCCUGCCGCGGACUCCCCUUGGGUUUUCUGCCCCCUUGGCGGGGACUUGCCCCAGAGACUGCCGUGAUUGAAGGGAUCUCCCAGGAGGCGCUUCCUCAGCCGGGUACAGGCUGUGUGGUUUCUCUUUUGUGCUCGCCUGUUCCUGUUUUUUGUUUUUUCUUUUUUUAAACAUUACCAUUUUUUUAACCUUACUUUGCUCUGGAAUAAGGGAAACUUUUUAUCUCCGGAAACAUGUCGACGGGAGAAAGUUUUGAGUCUCGCUUUGACAAAAUCGACGUGACUUUGAAGGACCCCAAAUCCGAAGUGAACGUGGACUGUUUGCUGGAUGGAUUAGAUGCUUUGGUAUAUGACUUGGAUUUUCCUGCCUUAAGAAAAAACAAAAACAUUGAUAACUUCUUAAACAGGUAUAAAGACACGGUAAAUAAAAUGAGAGAUCUGCGCAUGAAAGCUGAGGACUAUGAAGUGGUGAAGGUGAUCGGUAGAGGGGCAUUUGGGGAGGUUCAGUUGGUAAGGCAUAAAUCCUCAAGGAGAGUGUAUGCUAUGAAGCUUCUGAGCAAAUUUGAGAUGAUAAAAAGGUCAGAUUCUGCAUUCUUCUGGGAAGAAAGGGAUAUUAUGGCUUUUGCUAAUAGUCCCUGGGUUGUUCAGUUAUUUUAUGCAUUCCAAGAUGACCGUUACCUUUACAUGGUGAUGGAAUACAUGCCUGGUGGGGACCUUGUGAAUUUAAUGAGUAACUACGAUGUUCCAGAGAAAUGGGCCAGAUUUUACACUGCUGAAGUUGUACUUGCAUUAGAUGCAAUUCACUCAAUGGGUUUUAUACACAGAGAUGUGAAGCCUGAUAAUAUGCUGCUAGAUAAAGCUGGUCAUUUAAAAUUAGCUGAUUUUGGUACUUGUAUGAAGAUGAACAAGGAAGGUAUGGUACGAUGUGAUACGGCUGUGGGAACACCAGACUAUAUCUCUCCUGAAGUACUGAAGUCCCAGGGAGGUGAUGGUUACUACGGGCGAGAAUGUGACUGGUGGUCAGUUGGAGUCUUCUUGUAUGAGAUGCUUGUAGGGGAUACACCUUUUUAUGCAGAUUCUUUGGUUGGAACGUAUAGUAAGAUUAUGAACCAUAAGAACUCCCUUACUUUCCCCGAUGACAAUGACAUUUCUAAAGAGGCAAAAAACCUUAUUUGUGCCUUUUUAACUGAUAGGGAAGUGAGACUGGGACGAAAUGGUGUAGAAGAGAUUAAACGGCACCUUUUCUUCAAAAAUGAUCAAUGGGCUUGGGAAACGCUCAGAGACACUGUAGCACCAGUUGUGCCUGACUUAAGUAGUGACAUUGACACUAGUAAUUUUGAUGAUCUGGAAGAAGACAAAGGAGAGGAAGAAACAUUUCCCAUACCGAAAGCAUUUGUGGGCAACCAGCUUCCUUUCGUAGGAUUUACGUAUUACAGCAACCGUCGAUAUUUAGCUGCCUCUGCAGAAAAUUCCAAUGAUAACAGAACAGGCCCCACUGUGGACAAAAGUGUGCUGGAAAAUAUGCAGAAGAUGAUCUAUGAGUUGGAAGAACAGCUACAUAAUGAAAUGCAGUUGAAAGAUGAAAUGGAGCAAAAGUGCAGAUCUUCAAACAUAAAACUUGACAAGAUAAUGAAAGAACUGGAUGAAGAGGGAAAUCAGAGGAAGAACUUGGAAACAACAGUGUCUCAGAUUGAGAAGGAAAAGAUGGUAUUGCAACAUAAGAUAAAUGAGUAUCAAAGAAAAUUUGAACAAGAGAAUGAAAGAAGACGAAAUGUGGAAAAUGAAGUGUCCACACUAAAAGAUCAGAUGGAAGACUUGAAAAAAAUCAGCCAGCAUUCACAAAUUUCAAAUGAGAAGAUAACACAAUUACAAAAACAACUAGAAGAAGCAAAUGAUUUGCUGAGGACAGAAUCUGAUACAGCAGCAAGACUGAGGAAGGGUAACACAGAAAUGAGCAAGUCAUUAAGUCAGUUAGAAUCACUGAAUAGAGAACUGCAGGAAAGGUGCAGAGUUCUGGAAAGCACAAAACUGCAGGUGGAGAAAGAUUAUUACCAACUGCAAGCAGCUUUGGAGUCGGAACGAAGGGACAAAAGUCAUGGAUCUGAAAUGAUUGGAGAGCUACAGGUUCGGAUUACAACUUUACAAGAAGAAGUAAAAAACAUUAAAAACAAUCUCGAAAGAGUGGAAGCGGAAAGAAAACAAGUACAGGAUAUGCUUAAUCAUUCAGAAAAGGAAAAGAAUAAUUUAGAGAUAGAUUUGAACUACAAGCUCAAAUCAUUACAAGACAGAUUAGAACAGGAGGUCAAUGAGCACAAAGUGACUAAAGCUCGGUUAACUGACAAACAUCAGUCAAUAGAGGAGGCAAGAUCAGUUGCAAUGUGUGAAAUGGAAAAAAAGGUAAAGGAAGAACGGGCAGCAAGAGAAAAGGCAGAAAAUCGAAUAGUUCAAGCUGAAAAACAGUGUUCCAUGUUGGACUUUGAUCUGAAACAAUCUCAGCAGAAACUGGAACACCUUCUUCAGCAAAAGGAGAGACUGGAAGAUGAAGUAAAGAAUCUGACAUUUAAGCUAGAACAGGAGACAAAUAAGCGAAUAAUGGCACAGAAUGAAUUAAAGGCACAAGCUUUUGAAGCUGAUAACUUAAAGAGCUCCGAGAAGCAGCUGAAACAGGAAAUCAAUACCUUGUUGGAAGCAAAGAGGUUACUGGAAUUCGAAUCGGCUCAACUUACUAAGCAGUACAGAGGAAAUGAAUGUCAAAUGCGUGAGCUUCAGGAUCAGCUUGAAGCUGAGCAGUAUUUUUCGACACUUUACAAAACUCAGGUUAAGGAACUGAAAGAGGAAAUUGAUGAAAAGAAUAAAGAAACGCAAAGAAAAAUGCAGGAGUUGCAAAAUGAAAAAGAAACACUCACUACCCAGCUGGAUUUAGCUGAAACCAAAGCUGAGUCAGAACGGUUGGCACGAGCACUCCUUGAAGAACAGUACUUUGAAUUGAGUCAGGAAAGCAAAAAAGCAGCAUCAAGACACAGGCAAGAAUUGACUGAUAUGGACAGCAUCAUAAGAAGGCUGGAAGAAACCAAUAAUACAUUAACCAAAGAUGUUGAUUUGAUAACAAAGGAAAACACAGAGAUCAAUGAAAAAUUUAAGAAACAGGAGGAAGAUUACAAAAUGAAAAAAGAGGAGGAAAUCAAUAAUAUUAGAAUGCAUUAUGAGAAGAGCAUAAGCAAUGAAAGAACUUUGAAGACACAGGCUGUCAACAAACUGGCUGAGAUAAUGAAUCGGAAAGAUUUUAAAAUAGACAGGAAAAAAGCUAACAUGCAAGAUUUGAGGAAGAAAGAGAAGGAAAACCGAAAGCUACAGUUAGAACUUAAUCAAGAAAAAGAGAAAUUCAAUCAGAUGGUAGUGAAAUACCAAAAGGAGCUCAAUGAAAUGCAAGCGCAACUAGCAGAAGAAUCUACGUACAGGAACGAGCUCCAGAUGCAGCUGGACAGUAAAGAGAGUGACAUAGAACAACUACGAAGGAAAAUUGUGGAUCUCCAGCAAGGAAUGGAUUCUACCAGUGUUGCUAGUCUCCCGACAGAUGAAACGGAUGGAAAUAUUUCAGAAUCAAGACUUGAAGGUUGGCUUUCAGUACCAAACAAAGGAAAUAUAAAGCGGCAUGGCUGGAAGAAACAGUAUGUUGUGGUGAGCAGUAAAAAGAUACUGUUCUACAAUGAUGAAAAAGACAAGGACCAGUCUAAUCCGUCUAUGGUACUAGAUAUAGAUAAGCUGUUUCAUGUCCGGCCUGUAACUCAAGGAGAUGUAUAUAGAGCUGAAACUGAAGAAAUUCCUAAAAUAUUCCAGAUUCUCUAUGCUAAUGAGGGGGAAUGCAGGAAGGAUUUGGAGGUAGAACCAGUACAGCCGGCAGAGAAGACAAAUUUUCUAAAUCACAAGGGCCAUGAAUUUAUUCCCACAUUAUACCACUUUCCAGCCAACUGUGAGGCCUGUGCCAAACCUCUUUGGCAUGUCUUCAAACCCCCUGCUGCCCUAGAAUGUCGAAGAUGCCAUGUGAAGUGCCACAGAGACCACUUGGAUAAAAAGGAGGAAUUAAUUGCACCAUGCAAGGUGAGUUACGAUGUAACUUCAGCAAGAGAUAUGCUAUUAUUGGCAUCCUGUCAAGAUGAACAGAAGAAGUGGGUGACUCAUUUAGUAAAGAAGAUCCCUAAGACACCACCAUCUACUUUUGUUCGUGCUUCUCCUAGAACUAUGUCUACAAGAUCCUCAGCAAAUCAGUCAUUCCGAAAAGUUGUUAAAAAUACUUCUGGGAAAACCAGGCAGUAUAGCAGAACUUGCCCUCGGUGAUGGAGUCCUACCAUCUAACCACAUGUACAGUGCUUAACGGAAUCUCAUGGGAUGCAGUCAGAGAAACAGGGCUUUUUUUAACCACACAGAGCAGUGCAGACAGGCUGUUGUUCUUUUCAACGUAACUAUCACAGGCUUCAGGGUUAAGAUUGCUAUUACUGUCUCCUCCUUGCUUUGGCACAAAAGCACGCUGAGGGUGUUUAAUUGCGGGUUUGCCUCAAGGUAGAUUAGAUUAAUUAUUACUAUGUAAUGCAAGUUAAAGCAAAUAAAGCUUAGCUAGGUGUAUAAAAAAAAAGAGGUGCUGCCUUUUUGGAUUUUUAAAAAAAGCCUGUCAAUCACAAUGAAAUGCAGCCAACUUUCUUCAUACCAGUGAAAGAAAAGGACUGUUAACCCUGUGAAGGGGAUAUUUAUGUCAAGAUGAGCAUAUGAAACCGAGUAGAAGAGGAAGGUUUCUCAAUGAGAAGGACUGCAAUUGCUUUCAAGACUCUAAGUUGUGCUCUUGAAGACUGCAGAACUAGCUUAAAAUGAAGCCUUAUCACUUGAACUUCAGUGCCUUCACUGCAGAGUUCUUUACAGCCUUAAUGCUAACCACCCACUAUGGAAUGGAUCAAAGUGUUAAAUAUUUUGCAUUAUGCUUUACAAAAUACUGAUGCAGCAGGUUUGUAAAGGGGGGAAACAAGUAAUUGCCUUUAAUCUAUGCAUUUUUGCCAAGCCAUACUGAAUUAUUUUAUUGUUAGAGGCAUUAGAAACUAACAGCAAAAAGAACCACGGAGUUUGGAAGCAUAUUUUGGGGUACAUCAUUUCUAUAACUGUAUAAUGUAUUGCCUUACAAUUUUAAAUGAUAACGUACAUUAAGUUAACAAACAUUUAAGAAAUAUAUGCACUGUUUGAACUGUAAAUUAUUCUUAGAACACUUUUACUUGGUUUUACAUUGAUCUUUUAGUGCCUUGAUUUGAGAUAAUUGUAUUAUUGCCAUGUCAAUAAAUGUAGAAACCUAAAACUAAAGAAACCUCUAAAAAACUGUUGCAUAUCAGUAGUUUUUACUGAAUUUUAAUUGGUUGAAGUAUUUGUAGAUGCUAGAUGCAUUUUCUAAAUUAAGUACAAUCUUUGAAUGAGAAUUCCUCUUACAAAGAAAGACUGAUUCUGGUUCAUAAGCCAAGAGAUGUGUAGGCAAUGCAAAAAAAAAAAGCAUAUGACGCAAAACUCUGGAUAAUUCAGGAAUUUCAGUAAAUGCUGUCAGACUCUUGCUUUGUAGCAGGAAUACAUUCAUGGUAUGGGCAGUAUGGUUUUAUUUUAUUUUAUUUCUUAACCAAAUACCUCCUCAGUAAUUUAUAAUGGCUUUGCAGUUAUGUAUUAAAUAAGAAGCACUGGAAAACUGAUUCGUCCUUGGGACGAUUUGCAUGUUUCAAGUGGUAUUGAAAGCCGCACUGAUGGAUAUGUAAUAAUAAACAUAUCUGUUAUUAAUAUGGUAAUGACUCUGUGCUCAUUUAAUGAGAAAUAAAGUAAUUUAUGGAAAGACCCUUUUGAAAA